AUGAGAAAACCCCUUUUCCUACGAAUUGUAAGUGCUCUUGGCGAUUGGUCCCCAUAUUUUACUAACAGGGUAGAUGCUACUAAUCGUGAAGGGCUCUCGCCACUCCAAAAGUGUACAGCGGCUAUUCGUAUGCUUGCCUAUGGGACCUCGGCCGACCAGCUUGAUGAGGUGCUAAGUAUCGGCGCAAGCACAUCAUUGGAGUGUUUGGGUUAUUUUGCGAAAGGUGUGAUUGCUAAGUUUGGUGAAGAGUAUUUGCGACCUCCGUCGGUAGAUGAACUUGAACGUUUACUGCAAAUUGGCGAGUCUCGUGGCUUCCCUGGCAUGAUAGGAAGCAUUGAUUGUAUGCAUUGGCAGUGGGAGAAUUGUCCAGUUGCAUGGAGGGGUCAGUUUACUCGUGGUGACCAUGGUGUCCCAACUAUGAUACUUGAAGCGGUUGCUUCGCACGACCUUCGGAUAUGGCAUGCUUAUUUUGGUGUUGCUGGGUCCAACAAUGACAUCAAUGUUCUGAAUUGGUCGACACUGUUCACCAAUACUUUGAAAGGAGAAACUCCUAGGGUGCAAUUUACUGUCAAUGGGAGACAGUAUAACUCAAGUUACUAUCUCGCUGAUGGAAUAUAUCCAGAAUGGGUUGUCUUCGUGAAGACAAUACCACUUCCUCAAAGUGAAAAGGAUAAAAUAUUUGCAAAGCGUCAAGAAGGGGCGAGGAAGGAUGUCGAGCGAGCUUUUGGGGCAUUGCAAGCUCGCUUUAAUAUCGUUCGUCGUCCGGCUAGACUGUGGAAACGGAAAGCCAUCGGGGAUAUCAUGAGAGCUUGUGUCAUACUUCACAAUAUGAUAGUUGAGGAUGAACGAGAAACCUUUCAUGUUCCACUCGACUUGAAUAACGAUGCGGGGUCAUCAUUUGCUCUACCACCGGAAGUCAUCGUCGGUCCACACGUCGCAUUCGCAGACUACCUACAGAAAAGUUCCGCUAUUCGUGACCGGCAAACGCAUCUCCAGCUGAAGGAUGAUCUAGUUGAAAAUAUUUGGCAACGUUUUGGCGGCGAAUAA